AUGAAGGAGACCCUUGUGGACUUCCUCGUCCGCCUGUACUCUGUCUACGUCGACCUGCACUUCGCAUACCUCGCGAUCAACCCCCGUAUCUGCCUCGAUGCCGUCGAGUGCGGUCAGCCUACCAUCCACUACCUCGACAUGGCUGCGAAGCUCGACGAGACCGCCGAGUCUAUCUGCGGUCCCAAACGGGCUAUCGCUCGCGACCUUAGCGUCUACGAGACCGCCCCUCAAUCUGUCAAGGGCAAAAGGAGUCUUGGAGGUGUAGUUGUGCCGGAAAUUGGAAUGGAGAGGAAGACCCCGUCGGUUGACUUGACCCAAGCUUGUAGACACGAGCUGCAUUGCAGCUGCGAACACCGGCCUCUAUGGCUUACAAAGCUUUAA